UCUGACAGGAUCUGCUGUUUUGUUGUUUCUUCUCUUUAUGAAAACGAUGAGCCUGAAAAAGUCCUGAGAACUUGAGAGAUUUUCCUGUCAGAAAGUGAAAGUGUUGGACUGACGGGAGCUGAAGCGUCACCAUGGGCCAGGCUCGGACCUCGUCGCUGUUCUUCAUCUAUCGACUGGUGUUUUUGUUGACCAUCAUCUCAUCUGUAAUCCCAUAUUCAGCGGCGGGAGCUUCUCCCCUGACACUCAGCUCCAACAACACACUCAGCAACCAAACCAAAUGCGGUGGGAGCACCAAAUGCAUAGAGGGAGUCAUCCUGCCCGUGUGGAAGCCGGUGAACCCGGCCCUCACCGACCGGCUGGCCAGAGCCACCAUUUAUUUUGUGGCGUUGGCCUACAUGUUCCUGGGCGUCUCCAUCAUCGCCGACCGCUUCAUGGCCUCCAUCGAGGUCAUCACCUCGCAGGAGAGACGGAUCACCAUCAAGAAACCGAACGGAGAGAAGAUCACCACCACGGUGCGCGUCUGGAACGAGACGGUGUCCAACCUCACCCUGAUGGCCCUCGGCUCCUCCGCACCUGAAAUCCUCCUCUCGGUCGUAGAGGUGUGUGGUCACAACUUCAAUGCCGGUGAACUGGGCCCAAAUACCAUCGUGGGAAGCGCCGCCUUCAACAUGUUCGUCAUCAUUGGCCUUUGUGUGUCCGUCAUCCCGGAGGGAGAAAACAGGAAGGUGAAACACCUCAGGGUGUUCUUCGUCACCGCCUCCUGGAGCAUCUUUGCGUACACGUGGCUGUACCUGAUCCUCGCUGUGUUUUCCCCUGGGGUCGUUGAGAUAUGGGAGGGCCUUCUCACGCUCUUCUUCUUCCCCUUGUGUGUUGGCUUUGCUUACGUUGCCGACCGUAGACUCCUUUUCUACAAGUACAUGUACAAACGCUACAGGGCAGGGAAGCAGAAAGGAAUGAUCAUUGAAACCGAGGGGGAGCCGCAGCUUCCCUCCAAGGUGGACAUUGAAAUGGACGGCAAAAUGCUCAACUCUCACGGGGAAGAGUUUGUAGACGGAGAAAUGGUUUUCGAUGAGAGGGAGCUGGACGAGGAGGAGGCCAGGAGAGAAAUGGCCAGGAUCCUGAAGGAGUUGAAGCAAAAAUAUCCAGAGAAAGAGACGGAACAGCUGAUAGAGUUGGCCAAUUACCAAGUUUUGACCCAGCAGCAGAAGAGCCGUGCUUUCUACCGCUGCCAGGCGACCAGGCUCAUGACAGGAGCAGGAAACAUCUUGAAGAAACAUGCCGCCGACCAGGCCAAGAGGGCCAUCCAGCACGACAUCUGCUCUGAGGUUUCAGAGAAUGACUUUUCCACCAAGAUCUUCUUUGACCCCAGCACCUACCAGUGUCUGGAGAACUGCGGCAGCGUCGCGCUGAACGUGGUGCGCCGCGGUGGAGACCUAACGAGCACGCUUUUGGUGGAUUUCCGGACAGAAGAUGGCACAGCAAACGCCGGCUCUGACUACCAGUUCACCGAAGGAACCAUUGUGUUCAAACCGGGCGAGACCGAGAAGGAGAUCAGGAUUGACAUUAUCGACGACGACAUCUUUGAGGAGGACGAGCACUUCCUGGUUCACCUCAGCAACGUGAGGGUCAUAUCUGAAGGCUCCGGCUCAGAGCAAACUCAGGCCAAUCACGUGGACGUGAUGGCCGCACUCGGGCUGCCGUGCACGGCCACGGUCACCAUCUUCGAUGAUGACCAUGCGGGGAUCUUUACGUUUGAGGAGCCGGUGAUGAACGUGAGUGAGAGCAUCGGAAUGAUGGAGGUGAAGGUGAUCCGGACCUCGGGAGCUCGCGGAGUCGUGGUGGUGCCGUACAAAACCAUGGAGGGAACGGCCAAAGGAGGCGGGGAGGACUUUGAGGACACGCAUGGCAUCCUGGAGUUCGAGAACGACGAGAUCUUCAAAACCAUUCGGAUCAAUAUAAUCGAUGAUGAGGAGUAUGAGAAAAACAAGAACUUCUUCCUAGAAAUCGGAGAGCCUCGGAUGUUGGAGAUGAGUGAGAGGAAAGCCGUGUUGCUUCAGGAAGCCGGUGGAUUCGUCAAAACAGACAAGCGUCUGUAUGGCAGGGACGUCUACAGGAAGGUCCAGGGUCGCGACCACCCCGCCCCCUCCGCCAUAGUCUGCAUCGCAGGGGAGGGGGGCGAAGAGGCGCUGACCAAGAAGGAGGAGGAGGAGCGGAGGAUCGCAGAGAUGGGCCGGCCGACGCUGGGCGAGCACGUCAAGCUGGAGGUCAUCAUCGAGGAGUCAUACGAGUUCAAGAACACUGUGGAUAAGCUGAUCAAGAAAACCAACCUGGCUCUGCUGAUCGGAACCAACAGCUGGAGGGAGCAGUUUGUGGAGGCCAUCACCGUCAGCUCCGGUGACGAUGACGAUGAAGAGUGUGGCGAGGAGAAGCUGCCCUCCUGUUUCGACUACGUCAUGCACUUCCUCACCAUCUUCUGGAAGCUUCUGUUUGCGUUCGUUCCUCCGACCGACUACUGGAAUGGAUGGGCCUGCUUCUGCGUCUCCAUCUCUGUCAUCGGCCUCUUGACGGCGGUGAUCGGUGACCUGGCGUCGCAUUUCGGCUGCACCGUUGGCCUCAAGGACUCUGUCACCGCCGUGGUGUUCGUAGCACUGGGGACGUCUGUACCAGACACUUUUGCCAGUAAGGUAGCGGCCAUUCAGGACCAAUACGCUGACGCCUCCAUCGGCAACGUGACAGGAAGUAAUGCCGUCAAUGUCUUCCUGGGUAUUGGCGUGGCCUGGUCCAUCGCUGCCAUCUACCACCAGUCCAAAGGCCAGAAGUUCCGGGUCGACCCGGGCACCCUGGCUUUCUCCGUCACUCUCUUCACCAUCUUCGCCUUCAUCGCCGUGGCUGUACUCAUGUACCGGCGCCGGCCCGAGAUCGGUGGCGAGCUCGGUGGACCCAAAGUCCCCAAGAUGGUCACCAGCUGCCUGUUCUUCAGCCUGUGGCUCAUGUACAUCGUCUUCUCCUCAUUGGAGGCCUACUGCCACAUAGAGGGCUUCUAACUCCUCAGCACUGCUUCUGAUCGGGUUCCUGAUGGGGUUCUGGCACGUUCCUGAUGGUUUUCUGCUGGAUUUCUAAAUGUUUUCUGAUGGACUCAUCACUGUUCUGAGAGAUUCUAGAUGGUUCUAACAGGUUCCUGACAGUUCUGAAAGUUCCGAUCAGCUCCUAAAAGGUUCUGACAGGUUCCAGAAGUUUCCUGACAGCCCUAAUGGAUUUCUAAAAGUUCUGAUGGAGUCCCUAAAGGUUCUGGCAGGCUGCUAUUUGUUUUCUGAUAGGUUCCUUAAAGUUCUGACAGGGACCCGAAAGUUCUGAUGGAUUUCUUAAGGUUCUGAUGGACUCCUAAUGGUUCUGACAGGUUCCCGAAGGUUCUGACUCACUCCAGUGUCUACAGUCAUGGUUUGUCCUCUGGCAGCUGCUGAAGACUGGUGACCUCCAAGACUCGAGUCCCUUCAUCACCGACCUCCAGGACUUAGGAACUGCUCAGCCCAGACAUCUACCUGACUCAUCAACCCUUUACUUUCCCUGCGGUCAUAAAUGUUUUACUUUUAAUGUGCACAAACUCUGAAACACAAACAUAAUAGUGACCAUGUGACCACCUGUGGUGAUGGAAGCAGCAGCUGAGGCUGUAGACUUUCACCUCCUGUAAUCACACUAUAGUCUAGACCUACAGGACUUUUGACAUCAAAGCUGACUGCCGUAGUAGUGUUGAACCUAAACAAAUACCUGCACUGAGUUUGCAAAAAAUGUUUUGAAAAAAUAAACUAAGCAAAGAAGCCUAAACGAAUCCUCAGCUUGGUGUUAAAGCUGCCUCUAAAGCCUCUGCUCUGCUAAGACUACUAACCUCUCUUUUAGAAACAGAGGCUCUUUAGUGAGGCUGGGCCAGACUACCAUGACAAUGGAUUCAAAAUGUCAUUUUGUGUGAGAAGAUGUUUAUUUUGUGUGUGUGUGUGUGUGUGUGUAUGUGUGUGUGUGUGUGUGUGAGCAGACAUAACUUUAAAGCUGGAUGAAAGCAGCUUGUGGCUGGCGUCCAUUAUUCUAACGGUGAACAAUGAGGAACAGAGACAUCUGUCAUAAUAUUCUGCUAACACAAGAAGAUGCUGUGAGUGGUUGUUUGGAAAUAGCAGACAUGUACAAGAUGAAUUCUUAGUGGAUGAUGUAAACACAUCUGACUGGAGGAUGCAGUGUCCUCCCUCCUCAUGUUAGACUGCAGUUGUCGAUCUGCCAUCUUUCCUCCUGAAAGUUUACAAAACUUUCGGCUUCUCUGCUUUGUCUGCUGAGAAUUAAUAGAAAAAGACCCAGCUCACAGAUAAUAAGUUAUAUGUUUCUUCUGUAAAUAUUGUGUGAACUCCACAGCUGCAGUUUAUUUAAUGUAAAGUAUUUCUGCGUUUUCUGUGUGCCAUACGUUCCAUAAAACUGUGCCAGCUGAUUUCACUGAUGCAGCAAUGGAAAUUUAUAUAUAAAGAGUUUGAUUCCCAAA